AUGGGUGGUGACCCAGGAGCAAACGUCGAGGCUGUCGCCAACUUCACCAAGAAGACCCACAACGACACUUAUGCGUUCAUCUCGCCGAAGCAGGGAGACCUUUCCGGCAGGUCGGUGUUCAUCACAGGAGCGUCGAAGGGCAUUGGACGGGAGACGGCUCUCAGCUACGCCAGAGCCGGCUGCGGCAAGAUUGCCAUCGGGGCACGGUCCGAUCUCUCGAGCCUGGCGACCGAGAUCAAGGAAGCCGCGAGCAAUGCCGGCCUCAAGACUGUGCCCAAGGUCCUCAGCAUCAAGAUCGAUGUCACCUCUGAGGACAGCGUCAAGAGUGCGGCCGACACCAUCACGAAGGAGUUCGGCGGAGCGUUGGACGUACUCGUCUGCAACGCUGGCUACCUGGAGGAAUGGCACCCCAUUGGCGAGUCGAAGCCGGACGACUGGUGGAGGACGUACGAGAUCAACGUCAGGGGUGUCUACCUGUGCAGCCGAUACUUCAUCCCGCUGCUGUUGAGAGGCAUCAGAAAGACCUGCAUCAUCACAUCCAGCGUCGGCGCUCUGCUAAUCUCGCCCGAAGCGUCGGCAUAUCAGACCACCAAGUUUGCCGUGUGUCGCCUGGCGGAGUUCAUGGCGGCCGAGUACAAGGACAAGGAGCUGGUGUGUAUCGCUAUUCACCCCGGAGGGGUGAAAACCGAGCUGGCGUACAAUAUGCCGGAGUAUAUGCAUAAAGCCCUGGUAGACGAACCUCAGCUAGCAGCAGACACCAUCGCAUGGCUAGGCAAGGAGCACAGGCCUUGGCUGAGUGGGCGAUAUGUGACGGUGAAAUGGGAUAUGGGAGAGCUCGAGGCCCGGAAGGAUGAAAUUGUGAAGGGUGAUCUGCUCAAGUUCCGGUUGACGUGUUAA